AUGCGAGUUUACUGGAGACAAUGGAUCAUAAAAGAGGAAUUCAAAGUUGAGAGCCUUCACGAAUGCUUCAAUAACGUAACUACAGAAAAUGAGAGUGAACCGACACUAGUGUACAAUAACGUUAUCCCCUCUAUACCUCUCACUCAUGGUUGGGAUUGUUUUGACUUUGCAAAGAGCAUACGGUUGAAACCAAAUCAACCGUUAGAACGAACAAUAUAUCAUUCGUAUUGGAGAAUAGAUUUACAACCUAUUGGCGACAAACAACUCGCGACUUUAAAGUCAUUCUUUGCCACACAGAAUGCUAACUAUUCUUCAUUGAUCCUUUGGUCUAACGGCGAUCUUUCAAAUGAUUUAGUUCUCAAACCUUUAUUUGAACGGUAUCCCGAUCGAUUUAAAACCUUAAAGUAUGACGUUGAAGCGGAAAGUAAAGGAACGCCAAUAGAAAAUUCUGGAAAUCUUCAUAUAGAAGAUAGGCACACUUAUUUAGAUGGCGAUUUAAUUAGAUUGCUUGUAUUGUACAAUUAUGGUGGUGUUUGGUUUGAUAUGGAUUCACUCUUUAUACGUGAUCUAUCGCCUCUCCUGGAACACGAAUGGAUUGGUCAAUGGGAUUGUUUCUUACCAGAAGGAUUUCCAUUUAACGGAGCAUUCAUGAGAUUCCGCAAGAAAUCACCUUACGUCUGUGAACUUUUGUCAGAGAUCGCGGUUGGACCAGCUCCCAGAAAAGAUUCAGUAGAUUGGGGCGCGACUCUUUAUUAUAAGAUAUUUAGGCGUCUCAUUCAGAAUGGGAAAGAACCUUUUAAAAUAAUUCCUUGGUGUUUCACAGAUCCUUCGCUAUGUCAUCCUAGUAAUUCGAUGCCUGGUGCAUUUAAAGAAUCUGAAUUCGACAAGGAGAGAUUAUUGCAAGUUUUUGCCUAUCACUGGCAUAAUCAAUGGAAUAAAGAGAAAGGGAGUAUAUUUCGGUUUUUGGAACAAAGGAAUAGUGAUAUAUUGGGAUUCUAG